CCUUCGGGAGCAUGUGGGACCCACCAUUUUUUGAUUUUUUAAUAAUCACUCCGUCGUCAUCUUUCUCCGUCUCCCUCUUAUUUUUAAUCUCUCUCUAUGACUCGUCAUAAUACGCACCUCAACGUUUCUUUAACAAUCUCUAAUGGCUCGUGCUGCUCCAACUAGCAGUGGAGUACAGAGUCUGUCUUCUUUGUGAAAGCCCGGAGGAAAGUGCAGCAGAAGCCAUUGUACCCCGUGCUGCGCAAUUCCUCCAAACUCUCACCUCACAGCUUCGCAUCAAUGCUGCCUUCCGCUCUCAAUGCUCAUCUGCUACAUUAGAAAAGGAAAGGAAGCAAAUCGGAGCUAUCAUCUACUUCAGCAGCGGAGAUCAAGAAGAAGAUGGCUUACAUGUGCACCGAUAGCGGUAAUCUCAUGGCCAUCGCCCAGCAAGUGAUCAAACAAAAACAGCAACAACAACAACGCCAUCAGCAUCAGCAACAGAAUCAGCAGCCCAUCAUGCCUGCUGUCGAUGUAGCUUCCAGCGGCGGCGAUCACUUUGUUUCCGUCCCGCCGCAGUGGGGGAACCAGCACCAGCAAACUCCCAUCAGGGAUCACUUCCCUUUCGCCUUGACCGAACCGACUUUCCAUGACCCUUUUGCCGCCGGUGUGCUCGGCUUCCCACCCCCGCCUCAUCUCGACCAUGCUCCCUUUCGAAUCUCUGAGUUCGAUUCUGACGAAUGGAUGGACAGUCUGAUCGGCGAAUCCCCAACCGGAAGCUCCGAAAUCAUGGCGGAUGUCUGGCGAGGAAGCGACCUCCCUCCAAUCUUCCCUGAUGCUUUUACAUCCUGCUCCACAGCCAUCAGUCUUCCAUCUCAGGCUUCCACUUCCGACCUCGACCGAGUAGUUUUCCCCGAUUCAUGCAAUAUAGUCGCAACUCACUCCCACUCCUUCGAUCCGCCUCCGCCUCCACCUCCUCAGCCGAAGAAGGGCUCGGUGGAUUCAAAAUCCCCUCCUCUGCUCUUCAAAUCUCUUCUCGAUUGUGCUAGAAUCGUCGAUUCGGAGCCGGAUCUGUCCGCAAAAGCCAUUGACCACAUCAGAGACCUUGCUUCUGAUGUCGGUGAUCCGACCGAGCGCGUCGCCUUCUACUUCUCAGAAGCCUUAAGCAGCCGCCUCACCGGCUCUACGGCUCCUGAUUUCCAGGAAGAAGAAAUCAAUCUAUGCUACAGAGCCUUCAACGACGCUUGCCCUUACACAAUGUUUGUUCAUCUGACGGCCAACCAGGCGAUCCUAGAAGCCACAGAAUCAGCUGACAGAAUCCACAUCAUCGACUUCGGAAUCGCACAGGGCAUUCAGUGGGCGGCGUUACUCCAAGCACUUGCCACACGCCCUACAAGAAAACCCUCCCGGAUUCGGAUCUCCGGCAUCCCCGCAGCGUCCCUUGGCGGCUCUCCGGCCACAUCCCUCGCCGCUACGGGGAACCGCCUUCUCGACUUCGCCCGGAUCCUAGACCUAGAUUUCGAGUUCGAACCGGUGCUUAAUCCGGUUCAUGAUCUGACCGCAGCGUCCUUCCGAGUCGAACCGGGAGAAGCCGUGGCCGUAAACUUCACGCUACAACUCUACACGCUACUGGGCGAGAGCGACGAGCCGGUGAACCGCGUAAUCCGGCUCGCUAAAUCGGUCCGGCCGAUCGUGGUGACUUUGGGCGAGUAUGAAUGCAGUCUGAAUCGAAUCGGGUUCGUGGAGCGGUUCGGGAAUGCGUUGGGAUAUUUCGCGGCGGUGUUCGAGUCGCUGGAAUCGUCUAUGGGACGUGAUUCGGAGGAACGGGCCCGGAUCGAGCGGGUCAUACUUGGGCCUCGGAUACUGUAUACAGUGGGCCCAGAGGGAGGUCAAGUACGGAGGGUGAGGAUGGAGACGAAGGAAAAAUGGAGGGCUGCCAUGGAAGGGUGCGGAUUGGAAAUGGUUCCUUUGAGCAACUACGCGGUGAGUCAGGCGAGGCUUCUGUUGUGGAAUUACGAUUAUAGCCCCAAGUAUUCGUUAUUGGAUUCCUCUACGGGUUUCCUCUCACUGGCAUGGGAGGAUUUGCCACUCUUCACGGUUUCUUCGUGGCGUUGAUUGAUUGACCAGCUCUCUUCCGUAAGAAAAUGAAGUAUGGUAUGAUUGUUAAUUAUGGUUUCUUAUCAUCGUACAAUUUUAUAUUCUAAAUCCAAAAUUAACGAAAUUUACGUAACGCUUCUUUUUUUUCUU